AUGAAGCAGCUGUGUGUGGACGCGCUGCUGCUGCUCCUGGCCUGCACCGCCCCUCUGCUGCCUGAAGGGGGCGCGCAGGGGGACUUCACCUGGCGACAUAACGGGCAGGUCUUCAGCCUCCGAGGCCGGGGACCCCAGUACCGGCCGGGACGCUCCAGGGUCCCCCAGAACAGCACCGGCCCCAGUGUGAUGGUGGUGGUCGGCGGUGCCAGCGCGAAUGCAAACGACACACACGCCGGGAUCCGCGUCCCAGCCUCCAGCGGCACCAGCCAGAUCCGGGCAGAGGCGAGUCGGAGGCGGACGCAGGGGCCAGAGCAGUACGCCAAUGCAGAUGGGAUGGCUGGAGACGAUCCGCACAAUCCAUACAAAAACUCCAACUACUAUCCCUGGUACAACUACUACAACUCCUACUACCGCCCAAGACACCGCGCCACGCCCCGGCACGGCUACGGCACCAGCUACCACCAGCACGGCCUCCCAGACCUGGUCCCAGACCCGACCUACCUGCAGAGUGGCUCCUACAUCCAGAGGGUCCCCAUGUACAACCUGCGCUGUGCAGCCGAGGAGAACUGCCUCGCAUCUUCUGCUCAUUACGCUCAGGACUACGACACCAGAGUCCUGCUGAGGUUCACACAGAGGGUCAAGAACCAGGGCACCUCCGACUUCCUGCCGUCCAAACCCCGCUAUGCCUGGGAGUGGCACUCCUGUCAUCAUCACUUCCACAGUAUGGAUGAGUUCAGUUUGUAUGAGCUCCUGGACCAGGACCAGCGGGCCGUGGCCGAGGGACACAAGGCCUCGUUCUGCCUGGAAGACACGUCCUGUGACCCGGGGUACUACCGCAGGUACGCCUGCACCUCCCACACACAGGGUCUGAGUCCAGGCUGUUAUGACACGUACAGUGCAGACAUCGACUGUCAGUGGAUCGACAUCACCGACGUGUCUCCGGGAAAAUACGUCCUCAAGGUGACGGUGAACCCUCAACACAGAGUCCCAGAGUCAAACUACAACAACAACGUGGCCCGCUGUGACGUGCAGUACACCGGGACGAGCGCACAUGUCUCCGGCUGCACUACCACAUCGCUAACCAUCUGCUCCCCAAACACCACUUUCUCCUUCGGAUUUACGCUUUUCCUCCCAGUUUUGUGA